GCUUUCUGCCGCAGGAGCCGUGUCCAGCCGGCACCAUGUGGUGCUCCGUCAGGCACUGCCUCCUGACCUUGGUGGCCCUUGAGCUCCUGUGGCUCUUCAUCACCUUGAAGAUCUCCAGCGAAAUCGACGAUGAUCCCAUGAUGUCCAUCAAAGGCCAAGUAGCAGCCGUUGCUCUCCAUGUGGGGACUGAAGCCAUUGAGUGGGCAGGGUGGGGGCAGGCAGACCCCCAGCAGUGCCUGCCCCAUUCGCCUGGGAGCAGGGAGCCCCAGAGGGGGUGGGGGUGGGCCUGGACCCACCGGUCCAUGAAGAAGUUGCAUCCCUCCCCCAGAUGUGUUACGGUGAGAAAGACAGCAAACACUGCUUGAGCUCUGGGUCCUUCGGCCAGUGGCCAGACAUCCUGAGAAUGUGCUGGGCUCACCGGGGAGAGUGAUCCACUCCCCCUCUUUCCCUGGAGAAGUUUCUGGAAGCUCCUAGGGCUAAACCUUGUCCUUGUCGAGAAAGGAAAGGCAUGUUUUGCUUUGUCAAUGCCCCAGGACGGUGACGGCAGAAGGAAGGACCCAAAACCACAAGAAGACUGGCAGAAUCUCACCUUCCAAUAUAUGAAAAAAGUCCAGCAGAGAAGAAAGAGAUGGCUGACGGUGGGCCUCUCCUCGGUGCCAGGCCCGGAGGGUCGGACUGGCCUCCUGCACACACUGGUGUCCCUGUUCCGAGCCUCCUCCAAGGCGGAGCAGAGACGUCUCACGGUGCUGGUUCACCUGGCCGGCUCCGACCCCGCCUGGCUCAGAAAGACCGCCGCCCAGGUUUCAACCCUCUUCAGCCCGCAGAUCUUGGCAGGGCAGCUGGUGCUGAUCCACGCUCCGCCGGACGCCUACCCCGAGGGGGACCCUGGGGACGAGGCCCCCCGGGGGGACGCCUGCUCCAAGCAGAAUGUGGGCCACGCCUUCCUUGUGAGCUUCGCUGCAGGGCUCUCUGACUACUUCCUGCUGCUGGAGGAUGACGCCUUCUGCACCCCCAACUUCAUCACCCACAUCCGCGGGAGGGUGGGCAACACGAGCAGGGCCCCGUGGGUGCUGCUGGAGUUCUCGAACCUGGGCCUGCUGGGCAAGCUCCUGCACGGCAGGGACCUCCCGCUGCUGGCCCACUUCCUCCUCCUCUUCCACAAGGAGAAGCCCCUGGCCCAGCUGCUCCCGCACUUCCGCACCCUCCUGGCCCAGAGACACGCCGUCCUCAGCAGGCCCUUCCUCUUCUACCGCCGGGGCUCCCACUUCGGUGCCCGUGACAGCCAUGAAGCUGGAGCCCCGCGGAACAGGGUGCCCCUCGGCCCCCACAACCCGCCUGGAGCGGUGUUCACGGACAUGAAGGUUUUGGGGGUUCAUUUCCCUUGGCAGGCCUACACUCUGGACGAGUCCUUCUUCUGGACCCACAACGUCAGCGCAGAGAGCCACCUGACCGUCAUCCUGAACCACCCGGCCAGCCUGCGGCGGGUGCAGGUGCUGACAGGCACCGUGGUGGACGGAAAGCACGCCCUGCAGAGGGGGCGGGUGGAGCUGGGCUACGAGCCGGAGGGGACACCGCAGUACUGCACCAGCUUCGCCGUGCUGGGCCCCCUCCUGGAGGGGCAGCUGGAUCAGGAGAUAGUCCCGCGGAGCGCGGGGCGGGACGUGAGCUGCGUCAGGCUGGUGGCGAGCGCCCACCAGGCUGGCGGGCUCCUCGUCAGGCACAUUUACCUCUGGGAGGAGCCGGACGAGGGUAGGACAGCAGCUCCCAGUUGGAGAUAGGUUGGCGAGCGUCUGAAAAAUUAAAGCCUGGGAG